AUGGCUGGACGAUACAUUCCGCCGGCCCUCCGUGCGAAAGGUGAACAGCAGCAACUUGGCAAGGCCAACGACCACCGCCGCGACGGCCCCACGACGCCCUUGAGCCUACGCGGAGGCUACAGUCGACCACUCACCACCAGAUCCGACGCUCUUCCGGACGGAGAUCUCUGUUCUACGAGAGAAAUUGAGCACCAUUUCUGGCCGGAGCGGGAGCAUGAAAGUUUUGGAGGCCGACAGAAGACGUUGCAUGAUUCUGCUGCGACUCCGGGGUCGCUGAGUUACGUGCUGCUGUUCAAGGACGCGAAUCCACGGUGGCAGGACGACGGGAUCAUCUUUACCAAGUCGAGUCUGGAGCUGUUGCCAGCUGACCUUGCGGAUAAGACCGAGGAGAACGGUGCUACGGAUGGAACUGCGGCUGAAGUUCUCAAGGCCACUUCGACUCUCAAUGGCAACGAUCACGAAAAUGAAAGUGCCAACGAGGCAGUUGGACCAGAGAAGCCAGAAGCCAACCAAGACGAGAAGCUUGGGUCUACCCCUCAUGCCGAAGCCGACAAAAUUCAGCACCCACCGCGACACCAACACCAAGGGCAGCCCAUUGCCGUCUUCAACCAACUCCGCCGCUCUCAGACCGACUCCUCCCGCACCUUCCAAUUCGCAGGCUACUACCGCAUCGUGCGCCUCACCUUCCUGCAACCCCACUCCGCCGCCCUCGUCCGCAUGUUGGAACAGAAGUGGAGCCUGAAGAAUCCGCGCACGGGCCAGGUCCGGCAGAGACAGAGAGACGCGAGUGCGUGGCAAGAGUCCCUGAAGAUGAGAUGGGCGGUGGUCAAGUUCGAGAGGGAUGAGGAGGCGAUGAAAAGUCUUGGGGUGUUGAAGAUUGAGAGACUUGAAGAUGAUGAGGAGGAGGAUGAAGGAGUAUUGGGGGGACGAGACGUCGGCGGUGAUGGUGGACAGGGCAGGAGGAAGAUGAGUGGACGGGAGAAGAAGGGUGUCAAUGAGUUGUUGCGUGAGUUGAGGAUGGGUGACGAGGUGGAUAAAGAGAAUAAUAAUGGCGGAGCGUCGGCGCACGAAGAGACUGAGAAGCUCGACAAUGGCGCAAAGGAGGAGGUGCACUAG